AUGGCACGGGGUGGCACGAAGCAGCGCGUCAUGUUUACGUUUACAUUUAUCGAGCAAUUACCUUACCAACAUUCCCGGUUCGUCGCGUCGCGCGUUUGUCCGGGAGUGCCGUUCAAGUUAUCGGACUCAAGUUAUAGUCCGCGCGCGUUUAUAUUGUUUAUAAUAUUAUUCGCGAGUGUUUUACGCGAGUGUCCAGUGCGAGAGGAUGUCAACCCGAUUCUGAGAGGAGGAGGAGAUCUGGGAGAGACAUCGGGCAUCGGUGGAGCAACCUUGCGAAUCAUCGUAGCGACAUUGCAGAUAUAACUCCACUGUUGCGCCC